AUGUCCCACCAGAAAAAGCAACCCACUCCCAUACCCCCAGUGGGCUGCGUGAAGAUCGGUGGCGGCGGAGGCGGAGGCUGCGGAGGUGGAGGCAGCGGCGGCGGCGGGGACUCCAGCUGCGGAGGGGGCUCCUCCGGGGGCGGAUCCGGAGGGGGCAUCAAGUACUGCGGGGACGGUGGCUCGUCCGGGGGCGGCUCCAGUUGCGGGGGCGGCUCGUCCGGGGGCUUUGGCGGCUCCCACUCCGGCCAGCAGGUCCAGUACCAGAGCUACGGAGGCGGCUGUAGCGGCGGCUCCUCCGGGGGCGGCUCCGGCUGCUUCUCCAGCGGUGGUGGCGGCGACGGCGGGUCUUGCUACGGAGGUGGCUCCUCCAGAGGCGGCGGCGACUCCAGCUGCGGCGGGGGCUCUUCCCGGGGUGGUUCUGGCAGUGGCAAGGGCGUCCCUGUCUGCCACCAGACCCAGCAGAAGCAGGCGCCUACCUGGCCAUGCAAAUAA